AUGAAGAGGAAAGCAGACAACAAUGCAAUCCAUUCCGGUGCCUCGAAAUUCACAACAACAAACACGACGCGUUAUUCUUUGCAAACGGCAGUAAUAAUAAAGUUAAAGGGGAAGAAAAUGGAGAACCUUGUUGUUGAAGGUCUAGAAAAACGCAGAAAAUGCGAGAAAGAGGUAUCCACAUGCAAGACUCAACCUGUUUUCGGGGCUCCAUCAUUAAACAGUAAUCAUAUUAACCAUGGAAGCCACAAAAGCAUAGAUAAGAAAAACAAGAAGCGCACAUUAGGUAAGUUUGUUGAACCGUAUGCGCAGACCAAAUUAUGGAGCCCUUACGAGUGUGACAUGAAUACUAGUAUUUCACAUACUUGCAGAUUAAACCACUCUGCAAAUUUUCUUUACACCGUACACAAAUACGCUAAAACACAUACCAAAGUUGACAACCAAGAGAAUUCACAGAUGGCAACUAGGACACGAACAACAGAUGCUCAAGGUUUUCAUUUUGAACUAUUAGCUGGUACACCGAUAACCGACCGACUUGCUGUGAUGAAAAGGAGGGAAGGUGAAGAAUCCCUCAAGAGAAACGAAUACUCUAGAGAAAAAUUGCACAUGCUUCCUGGUGACUAA